GUAUCGCGGGUGCCGUGGCCUGGAAGCGACGGCGCGGAGGAUGGGCGAGCCCGUGACGGAUUCCACGUACGUCCGCUGCCUGAGCUACGGGCUCGUGAGGCGGCUGGCGGAGUUCAUCGACCCGCAGGAAGGGUGGAAGAAACUUGCGGUGGAUAUAACCAACGCCUCCGGUGAAAGCAGAUACAGCCAAGUGCAUAUAAGGAGAUUUGAGGCAUUUGUGCAAAUGGGAAAGAGCCCCACAUGUGAAUUGCUUUAUGACUGGGGAACCACAAAUUGUACGGUUGCUGAUCUUGUGGAUCUACUGAUUAGGAAUCAGUUCCUAGCAGCAGCAAGCCUUUUGCUUCCAGAAGCUGUAAAGAUGCCACAAGAAGUUACAUUACCUCUUUCUUCACAGGAAACCUUGCCUAUACAUGAGAAACAACUACCUGUACAAGAAAAAGAAGUGGCAUCUGUAAAGCCUGUUUUAGCUCAGAGUACUGAGAAGCAGCAUUCAGAUUCUUCCUACUCAAGUGAAGAAAACAGCCACUCACAGUCCAGUAACACAGAUUUCCAGAAUUUUUUGUUUCAUGACUUGGAAAGCAUUACAAAUAAUUUUGAUGCCCGACCAGAAUCAGCUGGAGGUAAUAAACUGGGAGAAGGUGGCUUUGGCAUUGUGUUCAAAGGCUGCAUCAGUGGCAAAAACGUGGCUGUCAAGAAGCUCAUUGCUAUGGUCGAUGUUAGUGUUCAGGAAUUGAAACAGCAGUUUGAGCAAGAAAUAAACAUAAUGGCAAAGUGUCAGCAUGAAAAUUUAGUAGAAUUACUUGGUUUCUCAAGUGAUGGUGCUCAGCCAUGUCUGGUGUAUGAAUACAUGCCCAAUGGGUCAUUGCUUGACAGACUUGCUUGUCUGGAUGAAACUCCACCAAUUCCUUGGAAUAUGAGGUGUAAAAUUGUUCAAGGUACAGCAAAUGGCAUAAACUUCUUGCAUGAAAAUAAUCAUAUUCACAGAGAUAUCAAAAGUGCAAAUAUCUUACUAACUGAUACAUAUGUACCUAAAAUUUCUGACUUUGGCCUUGCAAGAGCAUCUGUAACAUUCACACAGACAAUCAUGACUGAACGAAUUGUUGGAACAGCAGCCUACAUGGCACCUGAAGCUCUGCGAGGAGAGAUAACACCUAAAUCUGAUAUAUUCAGUUUUGGAGUAGUCUUACUAGAAAUAAUAACAGGUCUUCCUCCAGUAGAUGAAAACAGGGAUCCACAGUUGCUGUUAAAUAUAAAAGAUGAAAUUGAAGAUGAGGAAGCAACUAUUGAGGAUUAUGUUGAUGAAAAGAUGAGUGACUGGGAUGUACCUUCAGUUCAUAAAAUGUAUUCAAUUGCCGAUCGGUGUCUGAAUGACAAAAAGACCAGAAGGCCAGACAUUAAGGUGGUCCAACAGCAGCUCCAAGAGAUAAAAACUUGAUAUUGUGUUUCUUCUGAUACACCAGUGUUUCUAUAAUGGAGACAUCAGUACCAAAUAUUUAAUUAGUAUUUAGUGCAACAUUAUCAGUGGUUCUGCUUUCCAGAACUUUCUGGACACACGUAAGGUGAGCUGUUGGUCUGUCAGCAGCUCUUUCACUUAUCUUUUGUCUGGAUAUGUGAGACUUAGACUGGGCCCUUAACACGAGAAAAGUCUUUCUUGUAUUAACAAAUUGCAGUGCUGGCACAUCAUCUUCUCCUGCAGCUUUUAAAAUGCAUUUCCAUAUUAUAAUCUAUUUGAUUAUUUUUGUUUCCAAAUAUCUGCUGCAAAGGCAUAUGACUGUAACUAGGCAGAAUGUUUUUUUCUGCAGAUUGCUUUCUUGAUCAGGUGUACUAGACCUUUGUCUAUUGAAGACAAAACCAUUUAAUAGCUAUAAUGGUACUUAAUGUUGUCUUUCUGGGAAAUGACAAUAGUACUAUCCAUUUAAAACAAACUUCUACUUAAUACUUUAGCUUGAGAGUUCAUAUUAGUGUGGAUGGUCUGGUACUGUUAGUGAAUGUGAUCAUUAUCAAAAAGUCUUCUCGGCAUUAAUUUUAGUCAAAUAAAUGCUGGAAGACAUUUCCUAGGUCAUUUUUUUCCUUUCAAGGAUUCCCAAGCGAAAUAGUUCUCUUGCUGUGCAGCUGCAUUUGCACUUGCAAAUGCUUUCUUACAGUGAACUCUAUGAUGACAAACCAUUUAAUUUUUAUUCACAGGAAGACUCUUAGCUACUUUGACUAUUUUAGGAGGAUUGAGUAUUUUUAGUACUUUAGGAGAGGAUUCCACAUAGAGAUGGUUUCUUUUCUUAAAGGCGUCAGAAAAAUGAUGUGAAAACCAAUUCUUCAUUUUACUUAGUUUCAUUAUUUGACUAUUUUUAAUGUACAUAUGUAUGUAUAUUAACUAAAUACAAAAAUACACUUCUAAAAGUAUAAAUGGAAAGCUUUUUAAAAUAGAAACCUUGACAGAUCAAAGCAGACUAAAAAUGGAAUGAAAGUGACUAGUAAGAUUCCAGAUACUUUGGCCUAAGUAUUAACAUCUUUCAUUUACAAUGGUAUGUUAUUUUCAGAUAAACUCAUUUUGCACCUCAUUUUUUUUGUACUCUGUCAAUAGCUUAGGAAUAGGAACAUAGUCCUACAGAUGGGAACAUGGCCUACAGUUAAAUUUGAAAUUCUGUGAUUAUGUGUGACUUCUUUCAGGAAUAUAUAUAUAUUGUUGGAGGAAGAUGUGAUGAUACCACUAGAUUUCUGGCUAUUAAUUCAUUUUGUAUUGCCUUUUCAAACUACUAGCUUAACUUAGAAAAAUGGAUCUACCUAAUGUCUUCUAACUUUUUAGCAAAAACUGUAAAAAACUGUUAAUGUAAAAAACAGUCAGCAUUAUUACUUCUUUCUGCUAUUAAACCUCACUGCAUGGAAUAAAGCUGUACAGCUCUGAAUCUGGAGAAAAAAGCUGCUAUAACGUUAAAUUAGAACAAAAUCUGCUGAAGCCAUUCUUCAGGUUUUAAGCAUCUCCAGCUGUUAUGUGAAGGUUUCUUAUUAGAUCACACCUGCUUUUUACUAUUCCCUGGAGCUGGAAUAGUGUUGUCCAAAAGUGUGUUUGCUGUA